AUGAGAAUUUGGAUCGUUGGUUAUGAUAUUGGAUGCGCGCUCAACCUGCAGUUGCUCUACAACCAAUUCAGACAACUCUACGGCUCUCAUGGAGAGGAAGACUUCUCACUUCCCGAUCUUGAGCAGCAGAGAAUCAACGAAGAAUCCAGAUGCACCCACUUGAUAAACAACUACAAGACUUCACUUGAGCUGUUCUUUGCAACCAUGUUUGUGAUGAGGAAUGUUUGGAUAUUCGAUUCCAAAUUUAGGUCCAUCAACCGAGCUUCUAAUGUGAAUGUGUUUUGCGUCUCUCUUCUGGCAUAG